AAGCCUUGCUCUCUACCGCUACUCUUUCUCGUUCUCUCUUUCUUUCGCUGUUGCCGUCUUGCACACCUGGAACCGGCGGCUACGUGCUUAGCAUUACAUCUACUUUAUACAUGUCUGUAGACCUCUGGAUGUAGGCGACGCUCGUUGUCUUACAGGUAUCGACUGUUGGGUAAUAGCAGCUGUCUGGUGGUGUGUGAAGCGCACUCUAUUCGUCGGACUUGCAGCACUUUCGAUAGAGACCAAACUCGCUGACCAAUCAUGAGCUCCCUAGAGGAACGCCGCGAGGCCAGGCGCCGAAGACGUCAGCAAGAGGAAGCGGCAGAAGCGAGUUCCUCCAUCAACGGGGGAGAAGAUGACCUUGAGCGCAGACGUCGAGAACGCAGAGAAGCCAGACUGAGGGGAGGUGACGAAGCUCCGGCAGAAGAAGAAACCCCUCGCAGAGGUCGCCGUAACAAAGGUGACGACGAGACACCUGCAGAGGAGUCCUCUUAUCGCUCACGCAGGCGGAGAGGUGGAGAUGAGGAAGACACACCAGCACCAGCAAGAGAAGAGAAAGCAGAGGAGGAAGCAGCCCCAGAAGCCGCGGCCGAGGACGAUUCUGCUGCACGCGAGGAGGAGGCGGCCGAGCGCAGACGCCGACAAGAGGAAGAAGAGGAUCGCCGGCGACAAGAAGCAGAGCGCCGUCGACAGGAAGAGGAAAGACGCAGACAGGAAGAGGAGAGACGUAGACAAGAGGAGGAGCGCCGCAGACAAGAGGAAGAAAGGCGCAGACAGGAAGAGGAGCGUCGCCAACGCGAGGAAGAAGAAAGAAUGGAGGCUGAACGCGAGGAGGCUGCUCGGCGAGAGGAGGAGGAGAAGAAAAAGAAGAAGGGCAAGCGGAAAGGCCUGGGCGGUCUUUCUCCAGAGAAGAAGAAACUUCUCAAGAAACUGAUCAUGCAGAAGGCUGCGGAGGACCUGCGCAGCGAGGCUAAGGCCAAAGCCGAGGAAAAGGAGCGAUACAUCAACGACAGGGUGGCACCUCUCAAGGCCGAAGGCCUGGGUCAAGCUGAUCUUCAGAAGCUGGUGAAGGAGCUGCACUCAAGGGUGGCUGCACUGGAAGAGGAGGUAUACGACUGGGAGAUUAAGAUUCGCAAGCAGGACUUUGAGAUCAAUGAACUGACCUUGAAAGUGAAUGACACCAAGGGAAAAUUCAUUAAACCAGUUCUGCGGAAAGUGAACAAGACAGAGAGCAAACUCACGAAGCUGCAAACAAAGGAGUCCAGAGAUUUCCGUGGUAAUCUGAAAUCCACAGGUCAGAAUAAAUUCGCGCUCAAGGAGGAAGAAGAUGCGGACAAGACCCCCGACUGGCGCCAGGCUCUCAAGCACGGAGGGCCAGAGGGCGAGGGUGAGGAGGCACCACCAGCCGAAAGUUGAGCCACUGCAUCUUUCGACUCAUGUCCAGUUACGUGUCGACCUUUCGUGUGAUUUUUUUUUCCGAGGAACUGUCUGCAGGGUAACAACUAGAUUCUGUAGCCAGAGACAUCCUUAGCAAACUUGUCACGUACAACAUUCUAGUCUCUUUUCACAACUGCCGCCGUAAGCCAGGCACCAGGAUCGCCGCGACUUGUCACCAUCAAGGUGCAAAAGUAGUUCCUACAACCACCACUAAGGCAAUUGCAGUAAAAUUUCUGCAGUUUGCUUUAACUGCUUCCUCAGGCAACGUCGUGUUGUGCUGUCCCUCCCUCUUUCCCUCUAUAAGCCAGGUUCUCGGUUUUCUACUAGUUCACUGUCCUGACACCUUUACCUGUAAAGAAAAGAACCUUCAGAAACCAGUGUACCCUGCACCUUUGCAUACCACUGUAGAAUGCUGUCCAUGUCUUCUGUGCUUGGGUGAUACAUGUAAUAUGGACGAUAUAAAAAAGAGUCGUUAUUUUAACGUCUGAAUCGUUUUUUCUUUAAGAGUCGGUAGCUAGGGAAUGUAAGGUGUCCGAUGGGUGUCACGAAUGAGAUUGUUCUUUGUGUAACGGCGCCCAUGAUGCGUCAGAUCAUUGACGACUUAACUGUAGUGUCAUAGUUUUCAUCAUUACCUGUUCUCUGUAGUUUUGUGCAAGGCGCUAUCUUACUUAGCGAGUCUUUCUGCGUGAGUGUGUGUCUUCUUUAACAUAACUUUUAACCAUCUAGUGUAGCAUCUAUCUGGUGUGCGGUCUCUUCCAGGUUUCUCUGUUUUUCUCCCCUAUCUCUGUAUAUUUCAGACGUAGUUGCCAUUGGUUGUCAUGUUUGAUGAAUGUGAUGUUUGUUUUCGAAUAUAUUUUUUUAAUAAUGACGCUAAUUGGAGACAGAGCCGCACUCGACAUCUUGAAAUGCAGAGGACGAGGAUAUUGUUGAGGUCUCUACAUUUUAGAAUGUGUAUCAAAGUGCGAAAAGAACCCUCGAAGUUAGCGUGAUCUGUUGUAACAAUUGUUGUAUUUAUUAAACAUUUAUAACGCCUUUGUGAAUAUUUAUUGGUCUGUCUGUUAAACUGUCACACUUACGUCGAAGAAACUACACAACUGUUUUCUCUGCUUUGUUAAAGGACUUAGUUAUAUACGCUGCGGAAGCAUUUUCUGUUGAAAUUUGUACGAAAAAGAUGCAAGUGAAAUAGAGCUCGACAUGGUAACCAGACAAGUCAAAUGUGAGGAACUUUUAGUUUCUUGGGUGUCAAAGGUACAGAUCUCGUUCAAGGAGGGCCAUCUCCGCCAUUGAUUUCUUACCUUUCAUGGUUUUGAUUCUCUGUUUAGUGUUUGUUAGCCUCUAGGUGUUCAGCAAACCUACCACUUACGAGGAGCAACAGAAGGCAUUUUAAGAUUUUGAAAGAAAAGAAAUGAAAAAAAAAAUGAAAGCAGAGCAAAAUUUCGAGAGCUUUUGUGUAUAAUGAGGUGUCGAGGUGAAGCAGCAGUAAUGAGUAUGAGCCUGUAACAUCAUUACAAAAUGUCUUUCGGCUAUCCUUACCGCAAAUGUUUUUUUAAGCCCAAUGUAAUGUAAAAAAGAAAGCGCCCCUCCCCCUUUUUCUUGAUAUGCACCUGGCUCUUCUUUUCUUUCCCAUCUUUCUAAAGACAUUGCUGAGUUUUGUCAGGUGUGAAUAUUUGCUGCAUGAACUUGCUUUUUUUUUUAAAAAAAAAGAUAAACACAACAUAUCAACGGUGUGAGCAAGUUACUUUUAGUAUUUAAGACGUCAUCUUGGUCACGGUUGUGGCGUUAUGUAGGCAGUCAACAAGUAGCACUUGAGGGAGAAGGGCGGCGGCAGACGUAGGCUAGUCUCAUCAAACAGAACCCGUGUCAUCACCAGAUGGCAUACUACGUCUCGUAUUUGCAGUUUUGCAUUGGAUACCAUAUCUUCCGUCCUACUGCUUUUGUACUGUUUGUCCGUCUCAUAGACCUCACUUGAGACAUGGCCUGCUUUAACUGAUUUAACCCUAGCCACGUGUACAUCAGAAAUGUCAAAAAAACAAUAAAGGUGUUCCUUUGCCACUUGA